UUUACGGAUUACGGGCGGAUUUUGACCGGGUAGAACGCACAUUCGUACAAUUUUUGUUUUUCUUUCCACGUCCGACCGACGGCCGUUGAAACCGCUUCUGUGAAGUGAUAGGUAUUAACUCCCUGCAAAACGCACACACCCCGACGAUGGCGCUAUUCCGGCCCAUUCUUUUGGCCGUACUUGCCGCGCACCUGGCCGGAGCACACCAGGUGAGCGGGUCGAAAUCUCAGGUUAUCGAGCUAGACGAAUCCAACUGGGACCGUAUGCUCACCGACGAAUGGCUGGUAGAAUUCUAUGCCCCGUGGUGUCCGGCGUGCAAAAGCCUUGCCCCGAUCUGGGACGAUCUUUCGACCUGGUCCGACGAUUUGAACAUUAAAACGGGCAAGGUGGACGUGACGUCAUCGCCAGGCCUCAGCGGCCGGUUUUUCGUAACGGCACUGCCCACCAUUUUCCACGUAAUCAACGGUGAGUUCCGUCAGUACAAGGGACCGCGUGAUCUGGACGCGUUCAUGACGUUCGUCGAGGAAAAGAAGUGGCAAUCGUUCGAGCAGGUGUCCGCUUGGCGCAAUCCGGACUCGCUCCAGAUGUCUCUCGUGUCGCAGUUUUUCAAGCUUUCACACUUCCUGAAAGAACUCAACACGAUGCUGCUGAAGGAGUAUGGCCUGCCGGUGUGGGGAUCGUACGCACUGUUCGGUAUUGGAACGGUGCUGUUGGGCGCCAUCUUCGGACUGAUUCUGGUGUGCAUCAUCGACUGUCUGUUCCCUCCGAAGUCGGGCCAGCGGCAGAGCUUCUCCGAGCACAAACAGAAGGUCCGCGCCGAGAAGGUGCCAGAAGAACUGCGCGGUGACGAGCUGGUCGAUGAGGACGAAGAAAAGAACCGACUGGUGGACGACGACGCGGACGAAGUUGAAGGGGAGGACGAUGAAGAACGCGAAGAGGAGCAGGAAAAGGACACGUCAGAGGGAGAAAAGUUCUCUGCCAGCGAGGAAGAAGAAGAAAAGGAUGAACUAGUCACCACCAGUCCGGACGUGCGGAAACGUAAACCAAGGAAAGCCGAUUAAAUGGGACCAAGGUGUGCUGGUUGCCUGAACCUUGAGUGAUGUCGCACCGCAACAAACCGACCUGGGGAAUGGCUCCAAAGUGUUGCCUCAGUUCUAUUCUUGCUUUUUUACUUUUGAAUUCUGUGGUCCUCGCAGAACACUUUGAGAUAACUUCUCUUCAUUCAAUUAAUUCUCCGUAGUUUAUCCUCAGUUGUGCAUUUAAACACACCAAAACGUAAUACCUUCCAAUACUUUGCACAUUCGUUACGCUUUUCGUGUUAUGACUAUUAUUAAUUGUGCUACUUACAUUUUUAUAUCUUCUGUGCUUUAACAUGUUUUGCUUAAGUGCAUUGGUGUACAUUUAGUUCGGAUGCUAACGGCUACAUUUGAGAGGCAGGAGAGUGCUUCAUGUGUUGGUGUAUGCGACGCAUGAUAAAGUAAGCAAAACUCCCACUGUUUGGAACGUAACAGAAGGCACACACUACUCGAAAAUAAUGGAAUGUAAUUAAAAGAAAAACGCGAAACGCUACCGAAGCAAUGCGCAAGAGAACAGAGAAACGGAAGUAAAAAAUAGACUUUAACAAUCUCAUGCAUGUACGAAAGACGGGAGAGGAAAUUAGACGGGCCGGGCGAGGAGUGACGAUGAUUAGAUAAUGAGAAAUUAUUAAUAAAAUAAACACACGAACAC